AUGAAGUUCGUCACAAGCAAUAACGUCUAUGCAUGGGCAGUACUGCUCAUUUCUACGAGCCUUGCCUACAACAUUCAUCGCCGAACCCCCUACUAUGAUCCCCCUCAGGAGUGUGCCUUUGUUGUCACAGCAGUAGGGACGACGUUGAAGCACGAUGUCGCCUCUCAAAGUGAAGACGGCAAGCUAUGGCUGAAUAGAGAUGGACCGCCAGUGGUGUUGUACCUCAAAGCAUCCAAAAUCACAGACUCUCGCGGGAUAAAUUGCGCAGCAACAGCAGCAGAGAGCUCAGGUUUUGCGUGCUGCAAUACCAACAAUGCAUUGCCCGGAAGUUUCUCCAUAGAACCCUCUCUCACUCUGCUUUACAACAAUGUAGCGCAGUUCUAUGCAUGCUUUGCCCAAGACACUGGGUUCUACGGCAUCUAUGCGCAACCUGGAGACGGUCAGGUAGGGUGUGUCCCAGUCAUUCUUAAAACGAACACAACUUGUACGGCAGGUGAAAUAUCGCUCUCGAAGCCUCCAGCAACGAAGAUAUGGCAAACUGUCACCGUCACAGACCGUGCUAUUCAAACAGUCACGCUGUCUACAACCGUUUGUGAACAAUCGACCAUCACUUUUGUCAAGUCCGUCCACACCAAGCGAUCCGACCAUGAUCACCAUCCGAAGCCGAGGAACCUAUCAAUUUCGAAGCAUAGCAGCAGCUUGGUGAAACGGGCCGGCGAGCUUGACCGCUCAUGGCGGUAUGUAAACGAGGAACAUCGCUCGCACUGGGUGCAGCAGAACGAUAUCAGGACCUUUCCGCUAGACAUGAACACGGAUGGCUUUUUCGCUACGAGCGAGUAUUAUGGAUGUACCGUCAUUGUCUUUGUGGGCAGAGGGAGCAUCACCAUCGCCCACCUCCCAGAAGGGAGCGGCAGCACUUGCGCUUUGGCAAGCGUUGCCCAAACAGAACGUUACAUCAACGACCAGCUGUUUAUUCGGAUGACGCGCCCAGGCACAGAUCAAGCCUGUGAUGACCUCUACGUCAUAAUCACCGGUAGUGUGCGAGAGAGCGCGGCCAACAGCGGCGUCAAAGCUCUCAAAGACUUCAUCAUGGAUGAAUACGGGGUCACUCCCGGAAAUCUCCGCUACAUCUUCUACGAGCCCGGUGAGCCGACGGCCGAGUUCGGUAGCGGCAAUAACCAAAUGAUUCACCCCGUCAGAGGAAGGUCGUUCUUCAAGUGGUCUGCAUUUGGGACGCACGGCAUCAUGGCAAUCUACCUUGGUCACGAGACACCGCGGCUGACAGCCUACUUCAACAGCGACUGGACGCCUGCGCCCGGCGGUCCGACCUUUGGUCUUUCUCCUGCUACCACAGAUGGCCACGGUAAUGUCCAGUCAGCAUGA